UAUAUGGGUGAAACGAACUGAUCCUAGUACAGCCAUUUAUGCAAAUCCUGGCGCGUUUCGGCUUUCUGAUUGGUCGAGCGAGCGUCACGAGACGCGGCACGGUAGAACUCCUGCACUGCUGAGCUCGUGCCGUCUGUGAAAAUGAGUGAGUCUUUAGUUGUGUGUGAGGUGGAUGAAGACCUGGUGAAAAAGUUGCGUGAUUUCCGCUUCAGGAAGGAGACUAAUAAUGCUGCAAUCAUCAUGAAGAUUGAUAAAGACAAACAGCUGGUGAUUCUGGAGGAGGAGCAUGAGGAUAUUUCCCCAGAAGAUCUGAAGAACGAGCUACCAGAAAGACAGCCCAGAUUUGUAGUCUACAGCUAUAAGUACCAGCACGAUGAUGGGAGAGUGUCCUACCCUUUGUGUUUCAUCUUCUCCAGUCCUGUUGGAUGCAAACCUGAGCAGCAGAUGAUGUACGCUGGCAGCAAAAACAAACUGGUACAGACGGUUGAACUGACCAAGGUGUUUGAGAUCAGGAACACUGAAGACCUGACUGAGGAGUGGCUCCGAGAGAAACUGGGCUUCUUCCGCUAAGAAAGGACCGAAAAAGCUAACAGUCAUGUUUAAAGAGUGACCGAGAUGGGACCAUCACCUCCAAACGGAGAGAAUACCAUAGUCCAUCUGAUAAUGUCUGUUUGUGUAUGUUUGAAUGCUUCUGCCCAAACUCUAAACCCGCCUGUACCAGUUUAAGAUGACAGAAAUUUGAGGUGCAAAGAAAAGAAAAUGUGAAAGCAAAUUCCACAUAUACACUAAACAAUUCCUUGGAUUUUUAAAAUCAUUCCGCCGUCAUCCCUAAGCAGUAACGUAUGUACCGGCCUGCAUAGGUGGUCCAGGCUUACUGCCAUGAUAGUUGGAUGACAUGUUGUGAUUUUUAUGUCAGCUAUCCUUCAUGAUAGAUGACACGGCAACAGUUUGAAACAUUGUAUUACUCUAUAAUGUGGCAUGUUUUGCCAGUUUUGGUAUAAAAUCAUAUGGGUCUUCGUGUAAAGCUCUGAUGAGGGCCAGACAUUUUCUUCCUUUGUAAUGCAUUUUCUAACUUGAAUUUGACCAAACAUGAAUUAUUUUGUUUUGAUAUCUGUUGAACUGUAACGGUAGGUGAAGAGGACAGAAGUCUUACUGAUAUUUUUGGGAGAAACCGUUUACUUGUCAUAAAUUCAUUCUUUUUUUUUGCCUUUUUUAAAUCUGCGCUCACGGCCUGAUAAAUCUCAACUAAAGAUUAAAAUCUGUGAAGACAA